AUGUUUGGCGAUAUCCUAUCAGAUCGGGCUAGUGGUAUCCUCAAGUCUCCAGACAUUCUGGCAUCAGCGGCUGUGUCCAGCAUCUAUGGUAAAGGCAAGGCUCCUGAGGGUGAAGUGAACCCGGUUGGUAUUGUACAAGCCGUCGAGUUGAUGCUUGAGCUGUCGCUAGGUCUGAAACAAGAGGCCGCAGCCUUAUCCAAAGCUAUCCGACGAACUCUUGAUCCUAUCGGCCAGGUUGGAUCGGACACGAGGACAACCAACCUGGGUGGCACAGCAUCACCACAAGAGUUCAUGGAGACCCUCUCACACAACCUUGACUACUACUUGGAGGCUCUGAACUCAGCCGACGCUGCAGCUCUCCCGGCACCCAUUUCCCCACCCUCAUCGCCAAGGGAUACCACGAGUACCAGACCUAUGGGAGUCAUUGAGAAGAUCUUGACACAUGCCGGCAUUGGCCUGAGCAAGCCAUACGUCGAGACGGGAGAUAUGAUCUGCGUCAAGGUCGAUUGGACGCUUACAUCUGAACUCCUCUGGGGCGGCAUGGAGAAGACCUACAACCAAAUGGGUAGACCUCGUCCAUUCCGUAAUGAUCGCCUCUGGCUUGCAGUAGAUCAUACUGUUGAUCCACGUACCAACCAUCAACCUCGACAGAAAGGUCUCAUAGCGAAGGCGGAGCGCUUCAGACGAGAGGCCAAGAUCAUCAACUUUCUUCCUGCCAAUACGAGUAUCAUGCACACUGAUUUUACUCGUGAACGUGCUCAGCCUGGUCGUAUCGUUGUUGGGAGCGACUCGCAUACGUGUUCAGCGGGGAGCAUGGGUUCCUUCGCUGUUGGCUUUGGCGCUGCUGAUGUUGUCAUGCCGAUGGUCACUGGCGAAACCUGGUUUCGUGUACCUGAGGUUUUCCGUAUCAAAUUCGUGGGAAAGCUUCCUUUCGGAAGAAUAAGCAUAACUAGAUAG